GAAGCCGCAGAAGUGCUUCCGGCUUGUUGUUCGGCUCGUGUGUAUCUUUUUGAGUUCCCCCUCAGUUCACGAACAUCUUCACAAACGCAUAAAAAGCAGCAGCAGAAAUGGCACGUAACGCUGAGAAGGCCAUGACGGCUCUGGCUCGGUUCAGACAGGCUCAGCUGGCGGAGGGGAAAGUCAAGGAGAGGAGACCUUUUCUGGCGUCGGAGUGCAGUGAACUUCCGAAAGCCGAGAAAUGGAGACGACAGAUCAUCAGCGAGAUCUCAAAGAAGGUGGCUCAGAUCCAGAAUGCUGGUCUUGGCGAGUUCAAGAUUCGGGAUCUGAACGAUGAGAUCAACAAGCUGCUGAGGGAGAAAGGUCACUGGGAGGUCCGGAUCAAAGAACUGGGAGGACCGGACUACGCGCGAGUCGGUCCGAGGAUGUUGGAUCACGAAGGGAAGGAGGUUCCAGGGAACCGAGGGUAUAAAUACUUUGGAGCAGCCAGAGACCUGCCGGGAGUCAGGGAGCUGUUUGAAAAGGAGCCUUCCCCGGCGCUGAGGAAGACGAGGGGUGACCUGAUGAAGGAAGUGGACGCAGAGUAUUACGGCUACAGAGACGAAGACGACGGAGUGCUGCUUCCUCUGGAGGCCAAGUACGAGAAACAAGCUUUGUUGGAGGCGGUGCAGAAGUGGAGAACAGAGAAAGAGUCUCGUCUGUCAGGGGAAAAGCAACCGGAGGAAGAGGAGGAGGAGAGUAUCUACGCGGUCCACAAAGAAGAGCCAGAGGAUGAUGAGGAGAACCGGGAGGAGCAGGAGGGAGAAGAGGGGGGAGUCACCUUCAUUGCACACGUACCUGUUCCCUCACAGAAAGAGGUGGAGGAGGCUCUCGUCAGGAGGAAGAAGAUGGAGUUGUUGCAGCGUUACGCCAGUGAGACUCUUCAGGCUCAGAGUCAGGCGGCCAAAACUCUGCUGGGACUGUAACCAGUCUGUCUGUUCUGUAAACCAGUCUGUCUGUUGGUGUAAAUAUAGGCUUCUUUUUUUUUUUUUUACUCUACCUGUUUCUUAUUAAAACAUUCUUCAGCUCA